CGCUCCACGACCCCGCCAUGUUCGCCUCCCGCCGGGGCCCGGGGACGCGCGCCCGCCGACACCAGCUGCAGCCGCUGCUCCUCCUGGUCGUGGCCGCCUGGCCUGGCUUAGCCGCUGCAGGCAAACCGGCCAACGAGAGCGCGGCCAAUGUGCACAACACGACGGAGCCCGAGCGCGCGGUCUGGGCCUCGGUCUGGUGGUCCAAGCCCGCGAUCAACUGGUCCCAGAAGUCGCCGCCACCCGUCGACAGCAUCCUGGGGUACGACCUGGCCUGCGGCGUGCGCAACGUCGGCUCCUCGGACCGGAUCGUCGGCGGCGUGGAUGCGGACCACGGAGAGUUCCCGUGGCAGGUGUCGCUGCAGAAGCGCCGCCUCUGGGACAUGCAGCACAUCUGCGGCGGCGCCAUCGUGUCGCCCUUCUGGGUGGUGUCGGCCGGCCACUGCGUCGACGGGGUGCCCCUGAAGGACCUGUCCAUCGUUGCCGGCGACCACGACCUGUACAAGGUGGAAGGCAAGGAGCAGCGGCGCAAGGUGGUGCGCAUCGUGGGGCUGGGCUACGACAAGGACACCUUCGCCAACGACAUCAGCCUGCUGCAGCUGGACCGCAAGCUGGUGUUCGACUCCAAGCACACGGCGCCCAUCUGCGUGCCCAAGCCUGGCCACCACUACUCUGGCAACGCCGUGGUGUCGGGCUGGGGCCGGCUGUCCGAGACGGGCGGGCUGCCCAACGUGCUGCAGCAGGUGUCGCUGCCCAUCAUCCCGUGGAACAAGUGCAAGCGGCAGUACAAGAACCGCGGCUUCAGCCACUUCCUGCACACGUGCCAGCUGUGCAGCGGCAAGGAGGCGGGCGGCCAGGACUCGUGCCAGGGCGACUCGGGCGGCCCGCUCGCCUGCCAGGAGCCCGACGGCAGGUACUACUUGUGCGGCGUCGUGUCGUGGGGCAUCGGCUGCGCGCGCGCCCAGUACCCGGGCGUGUACACGGAGGUGUCGUGCUACGCGCGAUGGAUCAACGAGGUGCUCUACAACGAGCACCACUUCCUCGACCCGCAGAACGAUAAGUAGGGAGGGAGCACUAACGGGCGCCGUGGUGGACGAGGUGAUGUCCCCUUCCUCUCCCGCGCCGCUCCGCCGCCUCAGCGCCCGCCCGCCCGGACAGGCGGCGGCUCCACAGCGGUGGCGGAUGGGUUGCCUAACCCGCGGGCGCCGCGGAG